CAUAUGUUUUGUGACGUCAUGCACGUCAACACAAACUCGCUCAAAUGAACGUAUAAAGGACGAUAAACUGAAACAGUUCUGCGUAGUGUAUGUUUACAAAGAAUUAAUAUUUGUUGUUUGCUACAGUGAUAAUUCACACAUGCCAUUUUUAGGAAGAGAUUGGAGAUCACCAGGUGAAGCCUGGGUUAAAACAUCAGAAGGUUGGGAACGAAAGAAAAUCUUGGAAUAUAAAAGCAGUCAUGGUCAGACAAGGUUUUGUAGAAACCGGAGUGCAUUCCAUGAAAAGAAACGAGACACAAGUAACUAUGAAGGUAAUCCUGAAUAUCCAUUUGGAAGUUCGAAUAAGGCAUACAUCAACAGUUCAGUUAUAAAUGAAUGUCAACCUCAUUGUCAAAUCACUUUGAAAAAUACCAAAGAGUGAAACAUAAUCCUUAAAGAACGUU